AUGAAUGGAAAUAAACCCAUCCCACCCAGUAAAGACGACAAGUUACCUGGAGAAUCAAAUAAUACUAGCACUGCAACUGUCAUUGACAAUUUGACUUCAACUGAUAAUCCGACUACAACUGGCUAUAUGACAACAGAAGAUUCAACGACAACAACGACCACAAAAACACGGAAUAAAGUUCUUCUGCAAACAGCAGUUACGUAUGCGCAAGGGGAGAAUGGCUCCAAUCCAAUACCGGUUCGAUUACUUUUGGAUAGCGGUAGCCAACGUUCCUACAUUACCAAUUCAUUAAAGUAGCGACUCGGUCUGGUUCCAAUACGAACAGAAACUCUUAAUUUAAAUACCUUUGGUGAUGAUCAUUUUAAGAAACGACGUUGCGAUAUAGUCCAGUUAUCGUUGAAGGGAAAUAGUGACAAUCGAAAGAUAACGGCACUUUGUUUUCCAAAUAUUUGCUCACCAUUGACAACCACGAUUGAUCUAAGCCUAUAUCCACAUUUGCAAGAGUUACAGCUCUCUGAUCUCAACAUUCUCGAAGGACGACAAAAUGAUAGCAGUAUCGACAUUCUUAUUGGCGCAGAUUAUUAUUUUGAUAUUCUCACUGGCGAGAUGGUACGAGACGAAAGUGGUCCUGUUGCCAUUAAUAGCGACUUUGGCUGGGUUGUUGCUGGUCCGACAAGUGAUACAGAAUCGUGUUCGAAAGUCUCGGGAGUUCAUUUGCUCAUCGAGGAGCAAUGUUCAUUAUUAACACCAUCCUCAUUUGCGUUGAGAGAGGAUGAAUCUGAACUUUCGAAGUGUUUAAGCCAAUUCUGGGAGAUCGAGUCGAUGGGAAUUAACGAGGAGAAAGUAACUAAAGAAGAGUUUUUGAAGGAUAUUCGAUGUCUCGAGAAUGAAGCAAGAUACGAAGUUAGUUUACCAUGGAAGAAUGAGAGUAUUCCGAAAUCGAACGGAUACGGUAUGUGUUUGAAACGACUCCAUCAACUCAAGUCUCGUCUCGAUAAAGACAAACAAUUACUCGAACAAUAUGACAACAUAUUUAAGGAUCAAGAGAAAAGUG